CCUUAUGAAUGUAAUCAGUGUGGAAAGGCUUUCAAAUGGAAAGCCAGUCUUGCUGCACAUCAGAGAAUCCACACUGGAGAGAAAACUUAUGUAUGUAAUCAGUGUGGAAAGGCUUUCACAAGGAGCUCCAGUCUUGCUGCCCAUCAGAGAAUCCACACUGGAGAGAAACCUUAUGCAUGUAAUCAGUGUGGAAAGACUUUCACACAGAGCUCCCAUCUUGCUGCCCAUCAGACCAUCCACACUGGAGAGAAAACUUAUGUGUGUAAUCAUUGUGGAAAGGCUUUCACAAAAAGUUCCAGUCUUUCUGCACAUCAGAGAAUCCACACUGUAGAGAAACCUUAUGGAUGUAAUCAGUGUGGAAAGACUUUCACAUACAGUUCCAAUCUUGCUGCACAUCAGAGGAUCCAUACUGGAGAGAAAACUUAUGUAUGUAAUCAGUGUGGAAUGACUUUCACAGACAGUUCAAAUCUUGCUAAGCAUAGGAGAAUCCACACUGGAGAGAAUCCUUAUGAAUGUAAUCAGUGUGGAAAGGCUUUCACAUCAAGUUCUACUCUUGUUGCACAUCAGAGGAUCCAUACUGGAGAGAAACCUUAUGCCUGUAAUCAGUGUGGAAAGACUUUCACAGACAGUUCAAAUCUCGCUAAGCAUAGGAGAAUCCACACUGGAGAGAAUCCUUAUGAAUGUAAUCAGUGUGGAAAGGCUUUCACGACGAGUUCUAGUCUUGCUGCACAUCAGAGAAUCCACACUGGAGAGAAACCUUAUGAAUGUAAACAGUGUGGAAAGGCUUUCACACAGAGCUCUAAUCUUGCUGUACAUCAGAGAAUCCACACUGGAGAGAAACCUUAUCGAUGUAAACAGUGUGGAAAGACUUUCACAUACAGUUCCAAUCUUGCUGCACAUCAGAGAAUCCACACUGGAGAGAAACCUUAUGAAUGUAAUCAGUGUGGAAAGGCUUUCACAUCAAGUUCUACUCUUGCUGCACAUCAGAGAAUCCACACUGGGGAGAAAACUUAUGUAUGUACUCAGUGUGGAAAGACUUUCACAGACAGUUCCAAUUUUGCUAAGCAUAGGAGAAUCCACACUGGAGAGAAACCUUAUGCAUGUAAUCAGUGUGGAAAGGCUUUCACAUUGAGUUCUAGUCUUGCUGCACAUCAGAGAAUCCACACUGGAGAGAAACCUUAUGCAUGUAAUCAGUGUGGAAAGACUUUCACACAGAGUUCCAGUCUUACUGGACUUCAGAAAAUCCACACUGGAGAGAAACCUUCUGAAUGUAAUCAGUGUGGAAAGGCUUUCACACAGAGUUCCAGUCUUGCUUCACAUCAGAAAGUCCACAUUGGAGAGAAUCCUUAUGAAUGUAAUCUGUGUGGAAAGGCUUUCACACACAGCUCUAGUCUUGCUGUACAUCAGAGAAUCCACACUGGAGAGAAACCUUAUGCAUGUUAUCUAUGUGGAAAGGCUUUCACACAGAGUUCCAGUCUUGCUGCACAUCAGAGAAUCCACAUUGGAGAGAAACCUUAUGCAUGUAAUCAGUGUGGAAAGACUUUCACAGUGAGUUCCAAUCUUGCUAAGCAUAGAAGAAUCCACACUGGAGAGAAAACUUAUGAAUGUAAUCAGUGUGGAAAGGCUUUUGCAUGGGGCUCUAAUCUUGCUGCACAUCAGAGAAUCCAUACUGGACAGAAACCUUGUGAAUUUAAUCAGUGUGAAGAAGUUCAGAUGCGGCUCCAGACUUGCUGCACAUCAGGGAAUCCACACUGCAAAGAAACAUUAGGAGUAUAAUCAAUGUGCUAAGACCUUCAGGCCAGAAUCUUCUCUUAUUCUCAUCUGAGAAUUCAUAUUACAUAGAAAUCUUAUCCCUGUGACAAAUGAGGAAAUGCCAGCAGUUGUUGUUUAGAGCUUGUUCAAAAUUAGAGAAUUCAUUUUGAUGAGCAGCUGUAUAUGAACUCAGUGUGGGAAGGAUUUCAGGCAGACAUCAUGUCUUUAUCUCAGAGGAUUCACUGUGGAGAAAAGACUCAGCUAAUGUGCUCAGGGGCAUUUGUCUGGAAGAGGGUGAUGAGUAGACAACAUUGAUCCUGGAAUGUAGGGGUCUAAAAGCAGUGUUUGUGGAAGGAGCUUCACCUGGAGCUCAUACUUGACUGUACUUUGGGACAAUCAUGCUGGAGAUAAAACUUAGGGAUCUGCUUAACAAGGGAAGCCCUCCUGUUCCAGCACAGACUUUGUUGGAUCUCCCAACAAGAGACCUCAUGAAACAUCCCAAAUUUCAUCCUGUUUAUAGUAAUGAAUUUUCUGAACUCCUACUGUUUGUCAUUCCUCCUCAAUAUUUUAUAGUAUUCAUCUGCUCAUCAUUUCUUCAGCCAUUCCCCAGUUAAUCAGUAAUCACUUUGUUUCCUGCUUCUUGCUGCUACAAAAAUGCCUGGUAAGAGAGUGGGAUGAUAGAGGGGUCCAUCUGCUGGAGAAGACAGGCUGGAAUGGGGUCAGGAAAUUGACUUAGUGUUUUGAGAAUAUUAUUACAUGGGGCAACUAAAUGGUGAAGUGGAUAGAGAACCAGCCCUGGAUUCAGGAGGACCUGAGUUCCAAUAUGGCCUCAGAGACUUGAUACUUACUAGCUGUGUGACUCUUGGCAAGUCACUUAACCCCAAUUGCCUCAAAAAAAAAAAAAAGAGUAUUAUUACCAGUGUGGUAAAAAAUGAAAGUUUUUAACUAAAAUUUAAGAGUUGGCACUCCACUUCUGGGGUGUGAGCUUAAAAAGAUGAGGAGAGAACGGAAGCGGUCUCUCUCCCUCUGGACACACACACUGGCUCAGGGUUGAUGGCGUGUUCUGGUGAUUGGCCCUGGUCCUCGGUGGCGGCAGGCGCUUGACGCUGUUCUCAGCCUGAGAGGUAGCUUUGGGAUUUGGUGAGUUUUAUAAAAGAAUAUAGGCUAAUCUUAGAUCUAAGAAUAUUUAUUUGUAUUUCUACUUUCCUAUUUCCCUAAUUAGCAUCACCUGUUUCCACAAUUAGCAUUGUCGGCUAAUUAAUUCCCAAACAAUAAAAGCUAAGUAAUCCAUCUCUAAUUAAAGCUUGGAAGUUUCUUUCUCUUACUGGCCUGUGAGAUAUAUAAGGGAAAGGUUAAA